GCGCCAGGAACAUUGCUGAAGCGAGUGAAUGCGUUACUUCUCUUUCACAGGUCCAUGGGGUGGCAGAUAGAGAUUCCCUACAAGGAAGAAGUCAUCUACAAUUACAUGUCUGAUUCGCGCGCGGGGGGAGCCAAGCCCUCUCAACUGCAGUCGCUCAGAGAAGCGUUGAUAUUCGUCAGGCACGUGUUUAGCAUGGACCAUUUGGAAGCCCUGGUGAAGAGCAGGCGUUGUGCAGGUGUCACUAAGGGCAAGCGCAAGCAAAAACGCAAGGCACCUCCACUUAAGGUGCCUGAGCUCAAGAAGCUGCAUCGCCUUUUGGGGGAUGAGGAUGGACAAAUUUGGGAUCGAAUGUUUGCAGGGGCUUGCCUUGCUUGUGCCUACAUGAGGGCGCGCUGGGGCGAUUUCCAGCAGACUGUGAGGUUUGUUGUCGACUGUGAUCCCGAGGGGAACCCUAUCUAUCUUGAGUUCCAGGCUGACGUCUUCAAAACCAUGAAUGCCAAAUUUUGGGAUGAUGAGCCUGCCGUUUGGGUGGCGCCCGCCCUUGGCGUCUCAGAUAAGCCCUGGUUGCACGUUUGGUUGGGGGUCAGGCGCGAACUAGGUCUUGACAGCAUUGAGCCUCCCUUGCCUACACCUCUUGAAGAUGGAUUGCCUAGCAAAGCGGGGGUUUCAACUUCUGAAAUCAGUGCUUGGCUGCGUCUUGUGUUGCCUAGGGAAGCCGAGCCUGUGUCCGCGCAUUCCCUCAAGAGAGCCCUGUUGUCGUGUGCAAACAAACGGGGCAUGGAUAACACCGACAAGCUGAUUCUUGGGCACCACUGCCAUCAGGGAAAGAUGGCAGAUGUUUAUGGAGACGACCACGCAGCACGGCCGUUGAGGCUGCUAGAGGCCCUUUUGGCAGACAUCCGUCUGGGGUCUUUUGACCCUGAUGACGGAGCGGGUGUGGAGUCUGCUGACGGCGGUGAAUCAGCCUUGUGUUCAUUUGAGCGUGUUUCAGAUAAGGAGAAUGAGGAUGAACUGCCUCUUGACAGCUUGUUGCCUGGACCACCUGAGCCUCGUGAGCAGGCCAACGGCCCAGCCAGUGGUGUGGCGGAGGAUUCCAGUAGCUCAUCAGAUUCUGAAUCCGAGUCAUCUUCUGAGAGCGACGUCUUGACUGAUACCGAUCACAAAGAAGCUUCUCGUGUCAUAGGGAUUCCUUCGCCAGCGGAGGGAACCCGGUUUUUGGUGCACCGCAACACUAAGAUGUUGCACAUGAUUGCCGAUGGCAACUCAAGGGUCAUGCUUUGUGGGCGAGUGGUGCAAGAGGUUCACCAGGAGGCCACGGACAUCCGUUUUGAUUCUUCGGUUGGUGCCGGCGACAUCCAUACCAGCUUGAAGGGCGAGGGUGUGGAAACCUUCGCGCAGUUGUAUGCUUGUGGCACUCCCAAGGAGCCUCCUAGCCAGCUCAUGUUCGAGUCUUCGACGUUCGUGGUGGCGGCCCUUCGCCAGAGCGUCGUGGGAGACACCGAGACACCGCGCAAGCUGCCGGUCGCCGAGAAAGCGGCACGUGCUGCAGCACAAAAGCAAAGGCUGAGCGGCCUCAUCAUCGAACGUGACAUGGUGCCCAGCUAUGCAUUGAUCGAUCUGUGCUCCCACAUGUGUGACACGAACACUGUUACUUGGAUCAGUCCAGGAAAGUGCACCUCUCAUGAGUCAGAGAUUCAGGUGUCGUCAAAGGAGACCGCCAAGGUAUUCAAGCUCGAGGACCAUCAGCUGAAGAUCGGCUCAGACCCUAUAGAGUUGGCAGCUGAUUACAGUUCAGCUAUCAUGCUGCAGUGGUGUUUGCAACGCAGAGGUUUAGCGUUAGACCAAGUGGGGCUUGUGACUUGGGAACAACAUGAACAUUGGGUCCAGUAUUUAUUACAUGGCCUCACGCGAGACUGUCCUCCAGGCUGGAGUCGACCCGGCAUUGCACAGUUAGUUCAAGCAGACAAAGAGGCCUUUAUGGUCAUGUCAUCAGAGUUACAAUCUAUCAAGGCAACGUCGGCUGGCACCCGCCCAAUGGGGGAGAAACUCGAGGCGCUCUGCUAUGACCCUCGUAUUACCUGCCUAUUGAUGCCAGUGCCUUUCAAGCACCCUGGAGGAAUCGUUGCUGCUCCCCCUGCGCCUGCAGAUGAUGCACCUGUGCUUUCCAAGGGGGCAAAGCGGCGACUGCGCCAAGCCAAAGCCAAGGCUGCAGCUAAGGUGAAAAUCGUUCACCCGGGGGGCGGUGGAAGCGCAGCGCGACGAACUAUGCCAGCUGAACUGAAAGACCUCCACCAAAAGAUGGCUGAUGGAGCGUUGAUCUGCUGGGAUUUCAAUUUGGUGUGCCGUGCCCGUUCCUGGAAAGGAGGCGGGAAGGGGGACUUCGAGUCACUGAUUUCAGUGUUGCCGCCAGACAACGCUACUGCCGAAGCCGGUGACGAGUCUAAGACCUUCACCGCCGGUGCCUAUGUUUAUUCAAAUCUUGCGAGUCUUCGUAGCAAUGCUUACAAGUACCCUGCCACAACACGGCUAUUAGCCACAGUUUUGCGCCAACAUUUUCCUAUUCGGACUUUCACCUCUGCUGGGUUGUUUCGUCAGUUGAAAGCACCCCCGCAUGUCGAUACGAACAACCAACCCGGUUGUCCCAACCUUCUGCUCCCAGUGUCGCAGUUUGAGGGUGGUAGCGUAUGGGUGGCGGGCCACGGUGAUCACGAGCUCUCCGUGCACGGAAAGCUGCACACUGGCAGCCUGCUUAAUGUGGCUCAGGGUCCAUGUGAACUGGACGCGCAAUGCUUGCAUGCCGCUUGUGAUUGGAGCGGCACGCGCCUCAUCCUUGUCGGGUUCUGCGUUAAAAAUUGCGCCUCCCUUCACCCUGAAUCCGCUGCUCGCCUGGACAGCCUGAACUUUCCAUUGCCAGCCUGCCAGCCUGCUCAGAAACGCCCUCGUGUCGAGAGCGCAAGCGGGAAUGACGAGGGCCUGUCCACCCUUUCGGGUGUCGACCUCCUGCGGGUGCAGCAAGCCAAUGCACUCUAUGCCGCAGUCGGGCAGAUUGUUCGUCGUUGCAUUGCACUUGCGGUGCGGGUGUCCGUGGAGAACCCGCUCAACUCUCUCGCGUGGUUGUGUGAUGGCAUGGACGAUCUGUUCCGCCUGGGCCUCGGCGUUGAGUCUGUCUUCGACCAUUGCAGUCAUGGCGGCUCGCGGCUGAGGAGGCGGCUUACCCUUGGCUCCUCUGUCAACGAGUCGCUGCUCUUCUUGUCGAAGCGUCCACUGGCCUGUCCAAUUCUUGCCAACUUGUGCGGCCACCUGAGCAAAUUGCGCUGGAACGACAGCUACGCUAUGCCAAACCGUUGGUUUCUGCAUUCCGCGGCCAUGAUUCAUGGGCAAUUCCCCUCAAUGAUGAGGGAACAGGGUUUCUGCAACGAUGCAGACGGCGCACUCCCGGGGGAUGAGGGCACUUGCUGGGUCACUGGUGAAGUUCACCCUAGUAAUCUUUGUGCAGAGCAUGCGGAGGUGAUUCAAAUUGGCAUCCCAAGGGAACCUGAGGACUUCAUAAGAGGGGCUGUGAAGGCUGGCCAUCCCAGGGAUAUGCUGUCUUUUCACAAAAAAGGCCACGCGCAAAGAGUCGCUCAAGCGGUGCUUGUAUCCUUCGAUGACCGGAAGAUCAAGGCGAGCCAAUCCUUAGAAAAAUGGGCAAAGCAGUCCAAAGAUCUGGGGGCCGCGAAUUGUGAAUUGAUGCAACAUAAGCCUGCUUAUCUUAGGCGUGUUCUGGGGGAUAAGAAUGUGCUGCUCUGGAAGUCCAUCCUGGAUGACAACGCUUUCCCCGACAAGCAGUUGUGGGAGGACCUUCAUAAGGGUUUUCGAAUCACGGGUUGGAUGCCUGACACCGGAAUUUUCACCCGAAGGCUCAGGCCACCCACGACCAGCAUGGAAGAGCUGCUGGCUCAAUCUUCAUACCGCACCCCCUUGACGUUGAGAGCAAUCGCCAAAUCCCGUGUCGAUGAGGUUGCCAAGCAAGCAUGGGCAGAGACAAAGGUUGAAGAGGAACGGCAAUGGGUGUUCCGUGACUACAACUUUGAUCGAGAGCACUUCCGAAUCGGAGUUUUGGACACGGAUUCUUCGGUGGAUUCGUUGGUAGACAGCCUCUUUAGCACCCUGUGCGUCGAAUAUGCCAAGACUGGCAAGGAGGCAGUGAAAUUCAGCCGAAAGUUUGCUGCACUGGGUCUCGUGUGCGACCUCACAGGUUUUGACGAGGGCUUCUUUACCAUCGGUCACACCGAUGACCGCAAGGCGGAGCUCGUUGAGACCAUCAGGUGCAUUCUUGACAAGGGAGCCAUGUCCCCUAAGGAAGCCGAGGUUUUGCGGGGCCGGUUGCACUGGUUCAACUCCUAUCUUUUCGGGCGUGCUCCCUGCAACGCCAUGCACGUGCUUUCAAGGAGAGCACAAGGCCAGGAGCACAACAGCGCUCUGCGCGAGGAGUUGCACUCGUCUUUGUUAGUUCUCCUCAAUCAUUUGGAGACAGCUCCGCCCUUGACUCUACGCUUGACCUCAGGCCGCAACUUGUACUUGUUUACGGAUGGUUCGUACGAACCGGACGCUGACAUUCGUGCAGGGGUCGGUGGGCUCGUUGUGGAUGAGGCGGGCAUCCCGCUUCGGUUCUUCAGCGAUUGCAUUUGCGAUGCCGAUCUUGAAGUCCUCCUGAGGGAGUCCUCUCAUCCAAUAUAUGAGGUGGAACUUUUUGCGGUUAUGCUGGCGCUUGCCUCCUGGGAGGACCUUCUUUUCGAUUCAUACUCUGUAGUAUUUGUCGACAACGAAGCUGCGCAGUCAGCAUUAAUCGCAGGCCGCUCGGG